UACUUUUUAACCUUAAUCCUACCAAUUAUCGGGAAAAAAAACCCUAUGUCUUUCUUAUUUUAAUCCUGCCCAACAUCUAACCCUAUGUCUUCAACCCUUGGCCUUUGGUCCCUUUUGCCGAUAAGCAUCACUGAUCAGUGAGCGAGCGGCGGCAGUGGCAGCCAAGCUCCCUCAACGUUAGUUUCAAUCUUCCCUCUUCUCGGCCAGGACUGAGUAGUGACCACUGCAGCACCAUAACUGGCGGCGGCAGGGUUACGGCAGCAGCCAAGCUCUGAUCCCAUUGCCAAUUCUAGUCAAGGUGAGCUUUAGUUACUUGGUUGAAGCAGAUAACUUCUUUCUAUCUAUAUUUUCCAUGAGUCAUUGUUUUAUCUGAUCCAAAACAAUGAAGUUGGUUGGACUUGUAAAAGCAAUUCGCGCCCACCCCUCCAUUUGUGAAAUAAUUGGGCCUUUACAGUUUCGCACAUUCCAGCCUGAUUUUGUUCCAAGAGAUCCCAAUGCUAAGCCUAAAAGGUUCAAGUAUCCACAAUUCUAUGAUCCAUAUGGCCCAAGACCACCACCCUCUGAUAAGAUUGUUCAACUGGCAGAACGAAUUGCUGCCCUACCACCUGAAGAGCGCAGACAAAUUGGUCCUACUCUCACUGAGAGGCUAAGUCUCCCAAAAUUGCAGCCGAUUGCGACUGAAGGGAUGGACUUGGGUUCACAGGGUGGAGCAGCUGCAGGAGCUACAAAGGUAGAGGAGAAGAAAGAGAAAACAGCUUUUGAUGUGAAGUUGGAAAAGUUUGAUGCUGCUGCAAAAAUCAAGGUCAUUAAGGAAGUGAGGGCUUUUACUAGUUUGGGUUUGAAAGAGGCCAAGGACCUUGUUGAAAAGGUACCUGUUUUGCUCAAACAAGGGAUCACCAAGGAGGAAGCAAAUGCUAUAAUAGAGAAGAUAAAGGCAGCUGGAGGAUUUGCUGUCAUGGAGUAAGCUUUUGGGUUUUUCUUUCUUCUCACUGCUUUUUUAGUUCUCUUUUACUGGGUCAGUCAUCUCGAAGAUAUUGUACUUCCAUUGUUGUAUGGAAGGCAGUUACUAGUCAGAUUCAGAGAUGCAAAGCAAUAAUAAGUUUUGUACUUGCUUUUGUUUUGCUUAAUUUGAAUUUUUUAUUCUAUUUCAAUAGCCCUAGUUUUCGAUGUUUGAAGUGACUUUUCCUCAACCUGCCUAGUAGCCAUCUUUAUCAAGAGGUAGAAAGAAAAUAACUAUCUUUUCUGUAUACUUUCCCUGGUUUUGUUGCUAUCGUGGUUAGUCAGUUCAUCCAUGCAGUUAUGAACUCUUCGAAUAAGAAUAUAUUUUCUGAAA